AUGGUUCACCCAAUCGCCCAGAUAUCUUUUUGGGUUCAAGGAAACUCGCUAGAAGGCUGCAAGCCUCCAGAGGGCUUCCAUGUAAACAAAUCAUUAGAUGGAAACGCUAGCCGCCACAACUCUCAACAAUUUAUGGAUCUCCCCCUAUACCCAGGGCGGUUGAUCACAGUCGGGCGGGAUCACCAUAUGAAUGAUGUUUCUAUAAAUCACCCGUAUGUCUCAAGGAAGCACUUUGUUAUUUAUUCAGUCCUCUAUGACCCAGACGACAAGUAUACACAACCCCCCUUGAUAUAUAUUCGAGACUGCCAAUCUCUGGAGGGCACAUACGUCGAAGAAACUUGCAUUGGUAAUAAAGAGAAAGGUCCAUCGCCAGGCUUUUACCUCAGCCAGGAUGUUGUGAUCACCAUAAAACCUCAUUGGAAGUUUCGCAUUUCACUCUUGGGCUGUUCAGAUUUAAAGUCACCACUGACUGCAAUUCAACUCAAGGAAUCUAGCCUGUUUAGCGAUCGAUACAUGAUUAGCAACAGAGUUCUUGGUAGUGGAUCCUUUGCAUCAAUUCAUCUAGCUAUUGAUGUGAAGACUGGGAGACAACUUGCCUGCAAAAUUCACGACCUUGACCAUCUUGGUCGAUUCGCACACCCUCGAGAUAUAAUCCAACGCACUCUAGAUGAGACUGAUAUACUUGGAAAACUAAGCCAUCCCAACCUCCCCAUCUUCGAAUAUGCGUUUCGGUCGCGACACACUCUUUACACCUUCACUGAACUUGCAACAGGCGGUGAUCUUUUCUCAAUGCGCUUAGCACGAGGAGUCUUCUCAGAGCAAGAUACCAAACUUGUCAUUUUACAGAUCUUGAACGCCAUCAAAUAUCUUCAUACUGGGGGUAUAGCACAUCGCGAUUUAAAGCCGGAGAAUGUGCUGUUCUCUACGGGACCACAUGCUACAGGUCGAGUGAUCGUUAGCGACCUAGGCUUCGCGAAAUCAUUAGCUUCCGGUCGAAUGCGUAGCCAAGUAGGAACUCAACAAUACAUGGCACCGUAA